AUGGGAGACGACGAUGUUAACUCACCAAAACACUCGAACGACAAUGAACACCCACCAAAAUCCUCGAACCCAACUACCUUACACCCUGUUUAUUCUGUCAACAACAUUCAACAGAAGAUCCGAACUCUUGAUGGUGAAAAGGUUUCCUGCUCGUCCUGGGUUAAUCUCUUUCAUCUCCACGCUACCGCUUACCGUGUCUUCGAUCACAUCGACGACACCCCACCACCCGCUAAAGAUGACCCCUCCUUAUCUUCCUGGAAGGAGAUCGAUGUCGUGGUCCUUCAAUGGAUUUAUGGCACUUUAACGGACGAUCUUCUUCUCAAAAUCCUCCAGCCUGGAUCCACGGCCUGUCAGGCUUGGCUCCGGCUUGAAAACCAUUUUCUCAACAAUAAAGACUCUCGUGCUGCCACUCUUGAAGAAGAUUUCACCAACCUUAUCCUUCAAUCCUGCUCGUCUCUUGAAGCCUACUUUCAGCGCUUGAAAGAAAUCUCUGACCAACUGGCCGCUGUUGACUGCCCCGUGCCUGAAAAACGGCUAGUCUUGAAACUGGUCCGUGGGCUACCCCCAGAAUUUGACAUGACUGGGGCUCUCAUUGUUCAGCGACUGCCCUCCUGGACCGAUACUUGUGAUAUGCUUCUACGGGAGCAAAGCUGCCAACGCGCAUGUGCUACUGUCUCUCCACCUGUCGUCGCUGCAGCCCUGGAUUCGGCACCUCCUCACCCUCCCCGGUCCGACUCUCCUCACCCACGUGAGUCCCAGGACCAUGACACCCGUAACCGCCGGGGCGGUUCUUACCGUCGUGGCCAAACCAGAGGCCGAGGGCAGCAGUCGUACCCACCUCGCAACCAGUCGGCUUCCUCUUAUCCUCCACCGGGUCCUUUCGGGUUUUAUGGCUCUCCUCAAUGGAUGGUGCCACCUUGUCCCUUCCCUACCCAAGGACCUUGGAUAAACCCUUGGUCCUACAAUACCCCACCUCCUGCUAAUACCCAGCAACCAAGUCAGCCCACACAUCAGCAGCAGGCCUCAUCGGCCCAGGCCCACAUCACCGAAUUAGAUCCUAUGCAGCCCACUGAUUUGGCCCAAGCCUUUGCGGCCUUCGGAAUCGAGCAGCCGUAG